GGGACCAGUUCUGAAACCUUGAAGGUCUAUAUACUCUAGUCGAACCGCGUUCCUUUCCCCUACUUCUCCUGUUCUCCAGACUCUCACACCUUCUGUUUAGAGCAUACUCCGGCUGCCUGAGAUCCUACCUCCGCAGCUCCUCCGUCGCCCUAUCAACGGCAUACAUUUGUUCGUGAGCUUCAGAUUCAGAAAGGAACUUUUGGUUGCAGUUAAUCGCUAAAAACAUUUGCAAUGUCAGGCAGGAAGGAAACAGUUCUAGAUUUGGCAAAAUUUGUUGACAAGGGUGUCCAAGUCAAGCUCACAGGUGGAAGACAAGUGUCAGGGACACUUAAAGGAUAUGACCAGUUGCUUAACCUUGUAUUAGAUGAAGCCGUGGAAUUCCUUAGAGAUGCGGAUGAUCCACUGAAGACAACUGAUCAAACACGUCGCCUUGGCUUAAUAGUUUGUAGGGGUACAGCUGUCAUGCUUGUUUCUCCUACUGAUGGUACUGAGGAGAUAGCCAAUCCAUUUAUCCAGCCAGAUGGAGCUUAAUCUUUUUCACUUUCUUAGCAACAAAGUUAGCUACUUUCUACUAAAAACCCUUGUUUAAUCAAAUUUGGUGUGGAAUAUUACAAAAUAUGAUCUAUUUUAAAAUACAUCAUAUUUUGGAAACCUUGUUUUAUCUUUGUAAAAUGUAAACCGUAUUUGGACUCAGAGAGUUUUCUAUUUUUUUUUUCUAUGAAAUACAAUGGAAAACCGGGUGAAAGAGCAA